CAGCCUCCACCCCGGCGGGUAUGGUCGCAGGCGCGGAGGGGCGCAUUCCCCCGCCCUGAGCUCAGCCGGCCGGAAUGCGGCCGAUAAAUCAGAGAUAACCCCAGGCGCGGGAUAAGGGAUAAAAAGCCCCCGUUGCCGCGGGAUCCAGGAGAGCACCCGCCGCCCCAAGCGGUGACACUCGACCCCGGUCGCAGCGCAGCAGCUCAGCAGCCGGACGUCUCUUUCCCCACUUCUCUCCAGCGACAUGGAGCCCUGCGCAGCGCUGCCCCGGGCCCUCCUGCUCCUCCUGUUCUUGCACCUGUCGCCACUCGGAGGCCGCCCCCACCCGCUGGGCGGCCGCAGCCCCGCCUCGGAAGCCUCGGAAGCCUCAGAAGCCUCGGGGUUGUGGGCCGUGCAGGAGCUGCUGGGCCGUCUGAAGGACGCAGUUUCAGAGCUGCAGGCAGAGCAGUUGGCCCUGGAACCCCUGCACCGGAGCCACAGCCCCGCAGAAGCCCCGGAGGCCGGGGAGGAACGCCCCGUGGGGGUCCUUGCACCCCAUGACAGUGUCCUCCAGGCCCUGAGAAGACUACGCAGCCCCAAGAUGAUGCACAAGUCAGGGUGCUUUGGCCGGAGGCUGGACCGGAUCGGCUCCCUCAGUGGCCUGGGCUGCAAUGUGCUGAGAAAGUAUUAAGAGGAAGUCCCGGCUGCAGACAUCUGCAUCGGAUUCUUCAGCAGCCCCCUGAGCCCCUUGGAAGCAGAUCUUAUUUAUUCGUAUUUAUUUAUUUAUUUAUUUCGAUUGUUUUAUAUAAGAUGAUUCUGAUCCCCGAGCACGGAUUUUCCACGGUGAAAUAAAGUCAACCUUAGAGCUUCUUUUGAAA